UCUCCCAAUCGGCUGCUGUCUGUGAUGCUUGAAUGGACCUACUCUGGUGUGAAUACUAGUGUUGCUGGUGCAGGAGGCGCUGAAUGUGUUAAUUACCUAUCUAAUAGACAAAGGAUAUACGAAACGUUCCUGGUUACUGCCGUGUUUUCCUAUCUUUGUUCCUGGUCAUGGCCUCGGUUGUGUUUACCUCCAAGAAGCUACGCCCAUCGACCACGUCCGGCGCUCUUUCAAACAUUACUUUUUCUGCAUUCGCUUAUUUUUGGAAUUGAGAUUGGAUUUAAACUUGCGAGCAAGUCAUUGAUAUGGGUGUUGAAUCCAUGUCACGUGCUCACUAUGAUGCAGCUUUUCUUGUUGGCUGCACAACCGAGCAACGCAGUGACCGCACUGUUCCGGUUGCAGAUGCACAUGCUAAACGGACCGCUUUUGGCUCUUGCAUUUCCUGUUCUGAAUACCCGUCAGGUAUGUGCUUUCUGCGUUUUCUCCGUGGAACCAUUAGACGAUCUGUCUUGGUCCGUGUUCUCCCUCAGUCUUCAGGUGCUAUAUCAUUUCUUAGUCUUGCAGCCAAUCUCAAUGGUGAGUCGGUCAUCGCUUUCAAACUUUCUGCACUGUGCAUACACACUAAGCGUACACUGCAUGCACAAACUAAAGAUAAUUCCAUACUGCAUCCUACCAACUUCCGUCACAGCUCUCGGCAAACGGCAACGUGGCGCUGCACUUCAAAUGGUACACUUACUCAACUGGAUCACAUAG